UCACUUAGGGCAUCUCUUCCCUCAAUCAGACGCCAUUGUUCCCGCUCCAUUCACGUGGCACAGUCAGACGCGUGGAUCAAACCCAACGUAAUAGUUCCACCAUUCUUGGCUCUUAAUUCCACCAUUCAAUUAGAAACCAACUUCUGCUGAAAAAAAUGGGUAUCAAAUUGAGAUGGCUUUUGUUAUUGUCUUGUCUUUACAUCUCGGUGGAAGCUCACGCCUAUGGCUACAGACCUCAACAGCAGCCGGUCCGGCCGCCUGUUCACGUUGUUAGGCGGCCUUCGACUUAUUCCUACGUUCGGCCGGCAGCAAGUGGCAUCUCGCCCCGGCAGCCGGCCGUCAGAUACGUAUCACCAUCAAUACUACCGGCCGUCAAAUAUGUACAGCCAGCGGCCGUUCCAAAAUACGCGGCCACCACCGUACCGCCUGUUGCCAUCAGCACGGCCUCGUACAAGUCAGGUGACUACGUGGCUGGAACGCUUGUUUCCAGCACGACAUCAGCCCCCUACACGGCCGAAGUUGUUUACUAUACAACAGAGCCCGUCUACUACACCAGCACUAGCGCCAAUAGCUACUACGCUCAAUUACCAGCCGAUUCUGGAACAACAGAGUCUCCUUACUACACCGGUUCACAGUACACUUACGUCGACGCAGGAACAUAUUUUGGAGAGGAUGUCGCUCAACAGUUCACCGAAUCGCCUGUCGAUGUUUACGCAUCAGCAGACUACGUUGCAGCCGUUCCAGGAGACUACGUCCCAGCUGGAGCAGGAGCCUAUGCUCCGGCUGUUCCAGCCGACUACGCCACUGCCGUCGAAGCCCAUUACAUGGACGCUGGAUACGAUGCGGGAACAGCCUACUACCCCUACACCGACCCGACGGAGUACUACGCUGCGGCUGCUGGCACUGAACACUAUGCCCAGGACUCUGGCUACUACACCGAAAGCGUUCCAGUCUACGACGGCCAGCAGCAGUAUGUUGCUGGAAGCUAUGUCUACGUCACGGACGUCCCUGUCUAUAGCAACGAGUACGCGACGGCCGCUGCUGUCAAUUACUACGCCAACUUGGCAGCAGGAACAGCCACGUUCAGUCCGUUCAGUGCGGCUAACGUUCAGUACGUUGCUUAAACGAUUUGUGCGUCUAGCUCUAUUGGUGAUAUCUGUUUUCGAGAAACCAUUUCUUUCGCUGUUAAAGCAUCCCAAAUUGGUUGGCUUUUUCCAGCUCGGCACAAGAGUUUUAACUACCAAAUGAUAAAACAUGAUGUUAUUAAAUGUUUGUUUGAAUGUUGGUGUGAAUUUUAUAUUCGUUGUAAUCAAUUUUGUUAGUGCCGUGUUGUGAUUUUGAUCGAAUUCCAAAUAAAAUUGAAUUUAUGAAAUCA